GUUCAUAUUACAGUGCAGCUGCGCGUGUGGAUCCGUUGUCUCUUAAACAGUCGUGAAUAAGAUUUUAGGAAACUCUUUAAUAAGUAAACAUCGAGCUGGCUAAUAUCAGGAGAUGGGAACCUUAAACAUUAGAGAGCAGUCACUCUUGGUCCAGGCAAUAUUCAGCCAGAAUGAAGAAAUGGUGAAAUUUUUAUUGCAACAAAAGGAAGAAGUCAACGAAUUGGAUCAAGAGCAGCGCAGUGCCCUGCACGCUGCAGCGUAUGUGGGUGAUGUUCAUAUAAUGGCCCUCCUUAUCACAUCAGGUGCAAAUGUGAACGCUAAAGAUCAGGAGUGGCUGACUCCCCUUCACCGGGCAGCUGCUUCACAAAAUGAAAUGGCCGUAGGGCUGCUCGUGAGGAGGGGGGCAGAAGUGAACACACAGGACAGAUUUCGACAGACGCCGCUACAUGUUGCUGCCGCUAACAGUGCAGUAGACUGUGUUGAGAUUCUUAUUCCUCAUGUAAACACACUAAAUGUAGAGGAUUGCUUUGGUAGAACAGCUAUUCAUCACGCAGCCCACAGUGGACACACAGAGACAGUGACCUUACUCAUAAAUAAAGGGGCCAACCUGAAUGCAAGAGACAUAAAAGAAAGACAGCCUAUCCAUUUGGCAUCUUACCUAGGGCAUCUGGAGGUUGUGAAGCUUUUAUUAUCACACAGUGCUGAUGUAUCCUGUAGGGAUAAGCAGGGAUUUACUCCACUACAUGUUGCUGCUCUUGGUGGACACAUUGAUGUGGUCAACGUCCUGUUAGAACAUGGAGCAAAGAUCGAUGAAGUUGAUGUCUUUGGUAACACGGCUCUCCACAUGGUUUGUUACACCGGGCAAAAGACCGUAGCUAUUGAACUGAUUAACUGUGGUGCCAGUGUUAACCAGAAAAAUAAGUGUGGCUGCACACCGCUGCACAUGUCUGCAAUCUCUACAGAUGAAGCCCAGUGUUUAGAGCUACUGAUCAAUAAUGGGGCUGACAUUAAUAUACAGGAUAAUAAAGGCAAAAGCCCACUGCAUAUGGCAACUAUCUAUGGAUGCUGGAGUCAUUCACAGAUACUCAUUCAAAAUGGUGCAGAUGUGGAAUGCACUGAUAAAUAUGGUAAUACUCCUCUUCACACUGCUGCUAAACAUGGUCAUGAGCUACUCAUCAGUUUACUCAUAAUGAGCGGAGCAAACAUAUCCAGACCAGGUAUUAAUGGGAUGUGUCCACAGCACUUGGCUGUUCUUCAUGGGUUUUCAGACUGUUGCCAAACGUUACUCUCAUCAGAGUUUGAUAUAAACACACAGGACAGUCUGGGAAGGACAUGUUUACAUAUAGCUGCUUCAAGAGGAAAUGUUGAAUGUCUUGAAUUGCUGUUGAGCAGUGGUGCCGAUGUCAAUAUAAAGGAUCUACUUGGAAGGUCUCCUUUGCACUAUACAUCAGUGAAUGGUCUGUAUCUGUGUACAGUGGCUCUGGUGAAGGCUGGAGCAGAUGUUAAUGAACGCGAUAUAAAUGGAUGCAGUUCACUGCAUUACGUAGCUGCCGGCAAAACCUCACAUGGAGCUGAGCAGAUCUGUCCUGACAAACACUCCAGCUGUGAUACUGAUGAGGAGACUAUAUGGUGUUUAAAGUUUCUAUUGGAUUAUGGUGCUGAUCCAGCAGUGCUGGACACUAAAGGAUUCAGUCCAGUUCACUAUGCAGCUGCCCAUGGCAACAAACACAAUCUAAAAUUGCUCUUAGAAAUGUCUUUCAAGUGUGUGGAAUAUGUGAAGAGUUCGGUUCCCAUAAGCCCUUUACACUUAGCUGCUUAUAAUGGUGACAGUGAAUCUCUGCGAGUGCUGUUAGAGACGAUGGUUCAUGUUGAUGUCCAGGAUUCUGUGGGUCGUACAGCACUGUAUGUGGCUGCUCUGAAAGGUCAAUGUCAGUGUGUGGAGGUACUGCUGAUCCAUGGAGCCUCAUGCAGCAUCAGGGAGCACAACUACAGGUGGACACCUCUACAUGUUGCUGCUGCAAAAGGUCAAGCUGACUGCCUGCUGAUGCUGUUGAAAAAAGCUGAAAACACGGACGUCAUUAACCUCAAGGACAUACAGGGGCAGACUCCACUGAUGCUGGCUACACUUGGCAGUCACAUUGACUGUGUCCACAUGCUUCUUGAGAGAGGAACUAAACCAGACACUGUGGACAGAAGACAGCACACCGCACUACACUGUGCAGCAGUAGUUGGUAGUGAAGAGUGCGUCUCAGCUCUUCUGCUGCAUGGAGCUUUCAUUCUGUGCAGGGACUUUCGUGGCAGGAGCCCCGUGCACAUGGCGGCCUCUUGUGGUCAUGCAGGUAUACUGCGCAUCCUAAUGGAGGCAGUGGCUGUCUCAGACCCUCUUGACUCUCUGCUAGACUACAGUGGAUACACACCUGCUCACUGGGCAGCUUACCACGGGCACAAAAACUGCUUGGAAGUUAUCAUUGAAUAUAAAGCAUCAAACCUGUUGGAAGGAAAUCCCUUUACACCUUUACAUUGUGCACUUAUUAAUAAUCAUGACCAUGUGGCUGAACUGCUAGUAAAGACGCUGGGAACUCAGAUUAUUAACCUGAGAGACUCUAAAGAAAGGACUCCACUUCACGCAGCUGCUCAUGCAGGAGACAUCACAGCGCUUCAGUUUGCAUUGAUCUGUGGUGCGGAUGUAAACUCAGUUGAUCACACAGGACGCUCUGUAUUAAUGAUCGCUGCUGAAAACGGCCAUACGUCUGCUGUCGAUUUGUUGCUUCACGAGGCCAGAGCAGACCUGUCAAUGUUGGACAUGAACAGAAACACAGCCCUACACCUCGCCUGUAGACGAAGUCAUGAAAUGUGUGCUGUCCUCAUCCUGGCUGAGAUAGACGACCCCUCGCUUAUCAACACAGUCAACAGUGCAUUACAGACGCCACUACAUAUAGCAGCUAGAAAUGGCCUUGCGACUGUGGUUGAGGUGCUGCUGGCACGAGGUGCAACAGUACUGGCAAAAGAUCAAGACGGUUGUACUCCAGCUUUGGCGUGCGCUCCAAAUAAAGAUGUGGCAGACUGUCUGGCUCUCAUCAUUUCCACUAUGAAGCUUUUUUUCUCUCUGCUGACCCCAGCUGAAGCUGAAGAACAGAAUCAUGUGUGUCUAUAGGACAGAAGAACUGUUGAUCUGGACUGAUGUUUCACUGCUUAACAGUAAAGAGUCAUUUUAGCUGCGACAUUGUUAUCAUCUUAUAGUAAUACUUCAACAGGAUUCAUGUAAUAUUUGAAGAGUUUGGUUCCAAAACGCGAUAAACGCCAUAAAAAAGAGUUACCGCCAAAAUCAGUAUUGUAUCGGGGUUAGUAUUAAAAAGUAAAUUCUUAAUUUUACACAAAAUUCAAUAUCCGCCUUGUUAUUCUGUCAUAUUUUUUCCCAAAACCCAAUAAACGCCAGUCCUCCUUAUCUGCAGAAUGCAAUAAAUCCGCUCAACAAAUCACAGCGCACCAUUUCACACAUUGUAAACAAUAAUGGCGUGCAUUGAAUACACAAAAUCCUAGUUUUCCUCAUCUACUUUGUACUUCGUGAUCAACAAACAAACAAAAACAAAAUAAUACUUUUGAUGGUAUUGAUAAACCUGUGGUGGUUUUAUGUGGCGGGGAAGAAACGUAAGCCAUUAAAAUCGACGGAAAAAUGCCGGCUGUUUGUUCUCACACGACAGCAUCAAGCUUCUGUCAUGCUAACACAUGGCCCCCUUUGGAUCUUAUGAAAAACUUUACAUUAUUUUACUCGAAGGCAACGAAAAUCGAGCAGGACCAAAACAUUUUACAGCUGAUUGCUGUCAAAAAGGUUUAGUGACGACGCCCCAAAGAUGAAAGCAGCAUUGACAGUGUUCUUAAUAUGACACAGUAAGUGUUUUGAUUAAUGCCAUUAAUGUUUAUUUUUUAUCACUAGUCAACUAAAUGAAUAUAACAACGAGAUGAAUGCACAUUUAUAUAUUGAUUCAAUAGAUUUAUAGCAUUUUGAAAAAAAAAAACUUAUGGUCAUGGAUUUAUUGCAUUUUGAAGAAAAAAAUAAUCAGUUUUAAUAAUAAAUCUUUGAAAAUCAAAUAAUGGAUUUUAAUUUUUAAUGUUAUUAUAACCUAAAGAUGCUAUGUGAAAGUUUGUAACAGAAAAUAGUGGUUUUCAUCUUAUCACUUACUUUAUGUAGAAAACACGCUUUACCGAAAUUAGUCCAAAUGAAUUUAUUGCGUUUUGGAACCAAACUCUUCAUUUGAUAAGCAGUGAUGUUUCGUUUUAAUUGAUUCAUGAUAGCUUUUCUUCUUUUCUAUGGACCUCUUCUCAGUAGAAAACAGAAACACAUGUUCAAAUGAUGUACAAUUUGUUUGCUGAAUAUUUAGGGGGCAUUAUUGAGUGUCAAAUUAAAUCAAUAUCAGUAUUGAAAAGUUUAGGCUGCUGUUAUUUUUUCACAGGUCUUUUAUUAGGCUUGGGGUAUUUGCAUGACUUUAUUUUGACUGUAGGGACGGUGAAGGAGUAAGAAGUUGUGUUAGACAUGUACAUUAGGUUUGCUAAAAACACGUAUCGUCCAUAUCUUUAGGAUGAAGUUCGAUAUGCCAAUCCGUUUACUAUCAUCUUGGAAUAUAAACUUAAAGGCAAAUAAACAAUAUGAUACUCU